AUCCGCCUAGAUGCACCACUCGGACCUCCGCCGUAGGUUCCACAGGUACGAUAAUCUUGUUCGAAGCGCGUGUCUUCUACGCGGCCGCGUGUCAAGUCGUGCAGAGUCGGAGAGCGAAACAGCGCACGGGGGAGCAUGGAUUGGGCAAGGAUCGCGUUCACGUUACGCUACGGGGAGGGACGCGGCCGUUGCUUGGCCAUCUGCCUGUCCGUCGUCUGCGUGUUUUGCAUCGCGAGUCAGGCUGACGCGACGACGACGACGACGGCCGGCAGCAACGAGACCAAGGACCCCGGCUGGGCUGCGGGAUCGGGAUUCCCGGGCGCCGAUUGCUCGGGCGCGGACCCGUCUAAGAAUAUUUCUGUGUCUUGUUACGGGAUCAGGAUCGUGAGGAGGAUCGUGCAACAAUUUCUGGAGCGGUCGAGCCAGGAGCCGAAUCUCGAGAUAUUGGACGGCGUGAGUUUGGUCGAGGUGCCGGCCUCCGCCUCCCCGUUGAGGAAAGGGAAGUUCAUGAAGGGAUUCGGGGGCGUGGGAAGCCUGAUGCAGUUCCUCGAGGGAAGGGAACUGAGGAUUAAACUGCCCGCCUUGUUACCCCAGAAUCUCGAGACCGCCCUUCAGGAAAGUUUGCCGGUCGACCAAGCGAGACGAGGAAGCGGCGGAGGAUUCGGGGGCGGUGGCGGCGGAGGAUUCCGCGGUGGGAAGAAAGGCGGCGGCGGCGGGAUGAUGAUGCUGGCUCUGAUGAUGGGCAAGAUGAUGGCGGCGCUAGGAUUCGGCGCUCUCGGUCUGCUGGCCAUGAAGGCGUUGAUGGUGUCCGCGUUGGCCUUGAUGCUCUCGUUGAUCGUGGCCGUGAAGAAACUGGCGAGCGGGCACGAGAGCGGCGGCGGCCACCACGUGGUGUACGCGCAGGACGUCGGCCACCACCAUUACCGGAAGAAACGGUCCUCCAUAGGCGAGGAGGACACGGGCCUUCCUUACAGGGGAUACGCUCACCUGUUCGGCGACUCGAGGGUGUCCUGAUCCGAUCUCGUACCGAUCCAACCGGCUUCGUCGCCUCUUCCAGACGAGACAGCAGCACCGAUACAUUUGUUAAUUAAUUAAAAUGUCGAGGGGGGGGUGGAGGGGGAAGGAGAGAGAGAGAGGGGAAGCACGAGAAGACACGAGAGACGAGACAAGGACGGGCACACUGGACGGUGACAAUGACAUUGAGACGAUGGAGGUAGUGAGACGGACGAACACUUGACCGCUCCGUUAGAAAGUGACGGUUUUAAAAAGAUUCGCACGUGACACGUACACAAGUACAGAGUGUUGAAAACGUAAGGUUGAUCGGUUGUGAUGGAUCGCGCGACACGGGAGGAACGACGAAACGGGCGCUGGACACGCUGGAGAAAUCCAAGCUUCGUCAUUAAGCUUUACUCACCAACAACAAUUUAUUUAUUAUUCCUUUCUUUCGUUCUCUCAUCUCAUUCAUUUCCAUUUCUUCCUCUUUUGUAUUAUUUAUUUAUUUAUCGCAACCGGACAAAUAAAAAUUUGUAUCCAA